GGGCAAUCAAACGAUAUCAUUCCUCCAGUGCCGAACGAGCCAUUCAGAUCAACCAUGACCACACAGAGAGAAAUCCCCGUCACCUACGAAGACCAGGGUCAUUUCCUCCAUUAUGGAAGGGUGCUACUGGUUAAACCAGGCAAAACGACCCUGCCGAUUAGAUUCAAAAGGUUUGCCAAUAUCAUCUACAACUUCGACUACAGGAGAGACGAUGUCUGCUUGUUCACUUUUCCCAAAAGUGGGACAGUUUGGACAGCCGGAAUCAUCUGGGCCAUGACGCACAUGGAGGAAUUGGAGAGAGCAAAGACAGAGAGUCUCAAUAACAGAGUUUUCUAUGUUGAUAAUGAUUUUAUACAAACUUUCAAAGAUCAAGACCACAGGGAGAAGCUGAAAAAGUUGUGUCCAGAUGCAAAGGAAGAAGAUGGAGUAGUCCUACAGUUGGCAGCCCUGGAAAAAGGACGGCGCAUAAUAUGGAGUCAUCUGCCUUUUGAUCUCCAGAAUCCUGACGUUCUUGAUAAGUGUAAAGUCGUUUCUGUGAUUCGUCACCCAAAGGACAAUUUGUUUUCUCGAUACAUUUACUACAACAAGUUUGGAGGUGCCAGUCUUCAGUUUGUAGCGGAGACAUUUUUAAGUGGGAGAGCAGUCCACGGAAGUCACUGGCAUCACAUCAACGAGACUUGGAAAAGGAGGGACCAUCCCAACUUGCACAUCAUGUUCUACGAGGACAUGAAAGCGGACAUCAUGGCUGAGCUUAGGAAGCUGAACGAAUUCUUGGGGACGAAUCUUACCGAGGAUCAGCUGAAAAAGGUAGCAGAGCACACCGCAUUCAACAACAUGAAAGAUCAUCCUACAAUGUCCCCCAGUUUCGUAAGCUUCAAAGGGUCCUUCUUUCACACUGGCCAAGUGGGAUCGUCGAAGGGAAAAUUCCCGCCGGGACUUGAUGCUCGGUUGGAUGCUUGGGUCAAGGAAAAUGCUUCGAAGGUCGAUCCUGCCUUCAGAUAUAUCUCAUAAAAACGAUUUUUGACAAAAUGGAAAUUCGGUGUGGAGUACAAUGCUUUAAAAUUUGAAAGCCAAA